UGCUAGGAUACUAGUACUACUCCCCACUCCUCUUGGUCUCCAUAUAUCAGGCGGAAUCAACGGCAGGCUGGGGGAUCGAGCCGUCGUCCUCCCCAGUAGAAGGAGAAGCUCUCUGGGUUCUCUCGCUGGUCGUAGUUCUGAGUCGGAGAAGGGGAAUCGGACGUGAAGUGUUCUUAGCUAUUCGAUGCUACAUGUUUAUGUAUCUAGCAGAAAAUCUUCUUCAACUCUUUAAGAACUAUGUUUUCGGUUUAGAGGUCCUGAGGUUCUGUGUUUGCAGCUCAAAUGGAUAUCAGGUGAAACAAUUACCUCUUUAAGAAGAUCGCAUUUGCAAGAACUAUUGCCGUGAACACUCUUCUUCCGGUCGCUUGUACUCGAGUUGAGAUAAGAAAGCGAGAUGAGAAGGAACAUGAAUAACAAACUGGAAGUAGAUCCUAAUGCAAAUGGAGGCAGCUCGCAUCCGUUCUAUUCCCAUACGAGGCAUCAGGCUACCUUCUUGGAUAUGUUGAAAGGCUUGGAUGAUCCGCCGACAGGAAAAAAUUCAGACAUCGGUUUAGGGACUAAAAUUACCGAAUUAACGUCAACAGGUGCUCCAGAGGUUAACGAUGCUAACCAACAUAGGCACCCUGCAGAGGUGUCCCAAUCAGCGAUGGCAGGAGUCUAUAGACAAGAGCAGAGACAUUCAACGGAUGGUGUCUCAAUUCUGCUACCGACAUCGACAGACAAUGCUACACCGCUGUCCCAGCCAGUUUGCCACUCGAUUGCAUGUGGAUCAUAUGAAUAUUCUGAGCAAUACCAUGAUGGAGUUACGCCGGCAUAUGGACCUCAGAUAUUGGCACAUUCUCAGUAUCUCGGGCCAAACUCCCUGAGAUUGGUGUUGCCCUUCGGACUGGCGGAGGAACCUGUUUAUGUGAAUGCCAAGCAGUACCAUGGUAUCCUGAGGCGAAGGCAGUCGCGAGCCAAGGCGGAGGUGGAGCGGAAGUUGCUUAGAGCGAGGAAGCCCUAUCUCCACGAGUCCCGGCAUCUGCACGCUAUGAGAAGAGCAAGAGGCUGUGGAGGCCGCUUUUUAAAUUCCAAGAAGCUAGAAAAUGCCGCAACCGAUCCGACUCCUGAAGGUAGCAUCGGCAGCGAUUCUAGGAGAACUGGUUCAACUGAUGAAUCCAAUCCGUCAAGCUCCAAACUGGCACCUUCAUUCAUAUCUUUGAACCGAGACCCGCUGACCAGUCCCCUUAGCAAAGAAAAUCUGCCUCAUGCUCGAAAUGCGCUUCAUGCGUGGGCAAACCAUAGCGGCAACUGCAUCACCCGUUUCCCGAACCACAGAUGACUUCACUCGCCUUCGUGCCGGUGUCCACCCAGAUGAUGCGCUGAAGUAGAUUGCGGCGGGAAACAGCUCUGAACAGCCUCUUGCAGCAGCAACCAUGGGAAAGGGGGACAUGAUGGCACAGCUCUGUGUAAUCAGGUUCACUAUUCCAAGAUAGUGGGGAAAGAAAAAAGAAUCUGAGUUUCAACCUUUCUUUUCUUUCACGCUUUGUAGCAGUCGAUAGCAGCAUUCCACCCCGGCCUAGUGAAUGAAGUGCUCGCACUGGAUUUUCGCAACGUUCUCGUGAGUGACUGCUGCAUCAUUGCCUAUCGGCUUGACUCCAAUGUAAAGAGUAGUCUUGUGAGAAAAGAAGCCGUAAUGUUUAUCGU